ACACACACACACACACACACACACACAUAUAGCUCAGAGAAAUAAUCAAAGAACCUCCAAACUCAUAAAUAUGCAAGAAGCUGCUUUUUUAGGCGGAGGACUGGAUGAUGGUGAUCACACCACAGACUCUGUGACUGGAGAUGAGCACACCAGGGCCACAGUCUGCUAACACUCACUAUUCAUUCCAGAUCUUAGUUGAAGUACAUCUGCUGCUCGUUCGCAGCUCCUUGUUUUCAUUCUUUGGCUGCACUCGGGUCACAUUUCAAAAUGAUCCUUCUUUGUCUGAUUCUGGGCCUCUCACUUCACCCACUGCCUGAAACAAGCCGGUUUAGUCCCCCUGGCCCUUUAACCAACUCACUUCUGAUCGGCUGCCGAGAAAGGAAAGUGGGUGGGGCUUCUGUGCCUGAGACAACCAUAUUAGGGAUAUUGACUCUAUGACAUCAUACACAUCAAAGAUAGAAAAACCUGCGUGAAACUGAGUGUUCAGAGCUGUUUGCAGAGAUUAUACUCUGACCUCAUUGUUAAAAACUUUGUCCAUGUUUAAUAUGAACAUCCAGCUUCACUGGAGCAGAUAUUGGGCCAGCAGUGCGUCGGACAUGCAGCACGUUUUAUUUGGGACUUCUGAGCUGGAUUCAUAAUAUUUUAUUCAGCAGCAGUGAUAAAGAUAAAUGGUUAGUUUAGCUAGAGUGCUGUGAUGUUGUGCAGUAUUUGUUGGGGUUGGCAUGAUUGCUUGUUUUUUGAUCAGUAGCUGUGAUUUUUGUUAAGCAUACAUUAAGACACUGAAUGAUUGUAGCCUUUAAGGAGAGGACUUGAUGCUUCUGUUUGUCGGCAGCUGUGACCUUGAGCUGUGAAAAAGCUUUUUUCCUGCCACAGAGACAAAAACGCUACUGACGGCUGAAAGUAAUCAGCAGACCUGCUGCUUUAUUACCACAGAGCCUGAUGUCACCUCUGCGUCGGCAAACGGGACAGCGUGCAAAGAAAACGUGGCAUGGUCCUUUAAGAGUAUCGCCAUGGAGACGGUGUGAAGGGGCGAGAGACGGCAUGUGUCAUAGAGAGAGAGGAGCGAGCGAGCUUAACCUAAAAGUGUAUCGUCAUGUAGACAGAGAGAGAGAGAGUCAGCAGACCUUUCAAUUAUUUAUGAGGCUCCUCUGGAAAUGGUGUCUGCAACACACACACACACACACACACACACACACACAGGGUUGAUGAACAGUCUAAUGUAAUGCGGUGGUAUGGCUGCAGCAGCCGAGCAGGAUGGAUGUCUCUGCUGCAUUAACGCUCCCAUCAAACUCUCUGCAGCUCCAACAGCUUCCUGCAUCCACGACGCUUACCCCGUCAAAAUAAGAGUCCCCACCUGUUUGUAAAGGACCAGUCCGUCCCUGCUUCGCCUGUGCAGGUGUGUUGAUAAAGUAUGGUCUUGUGAUGGUUUCAGUCGAGAAAGUAAAUCCAGAGCUGACUUUAAUAAAUCACAACUUUGUAAAGAGUCUGUGACCUACGAGGGAGUCACAGCCACACAGAAACGACCUCUGAGUAUGAGGAUAGUGAGUUAGACCGGCUUUGCAUAAAAUGUAACUAAUCUGUAUAAGUAGCACACACAUAGUUUCUUUGUUCAGCAGUAGUGUGAGACCGGGCGUUUCUAAUUUUAGCGAUAUUGAUCACAUGAAAAAAGAAGCAGACCUACAUAUUUGUUUAAUGUACACGCUGAAGGAGAGAUGACUGCAGGAGAUAUUUAGUAAGAUGAAAAAGGCCCGAGCACAGAACCCUGUGGAGCUCCUUUAUUCAUUCUGACAGAUUCAUAGUUUAUUUUCUGCCUUUCGCUCAGAGGCAGACGGAGACAGUUUGCAGGUUUGAUGCUGUUUUCUGUCUCAGUUUAUCCUCUGUCAUCAUGAACUUGGGAAGAGAAGAGCAUCAGCACAUAAAAGUGAACUUAAAAAGCUUUUAAUACCUCAUUAAUUUAAGGUGCUGGGACACGAAGCGGUGACCAGGUCUGGACGUGAGCUGAGCGCGCUCUGUAACAGAGAACCGUACAGAGGAGCCAAUCACAGCAUCUGAUAAAUGAACGUCUGAUGACUUUAUUGUUAUGAUUGUUCAGCACCUGACGCUGUCAUUGGCUGGCUUUGCAUGAUUCACAGUUCAGAAUAAACCCAGAGUUUGAUCCUCUGUCUGAAACCCGCUCCCCGCCCACUGAGCCAGCUGUUCUCUGAUUGGCUGCUCCUCGCAUAUGGCCAUGUUAAAGAUGCCCUCUCUUUGUGACAUCAUAGAGAUCCAAGGAUAGAAAAAAACUGUGAAACUGAGCAUACAUACACUGAGCUGAUUAUAAGAUGCUUUACAUGGACGUACAUUGAUGAUAAGGAGAUAAGUGAUCAGCAGACUGCAGGCACAGAUUCAGCCUCAGCUUCUUCUCCUCUGGGUUCAGCUGCAGCUCUGAGCUCUGUUUUCCUUCCACCAUCUUUCUUGCUGUGUUGUGCUGUGUUUCAUUCUUCUUCUUCUCUGCCGUGCACCUAAAGGUUCUUAUCUUUAAUAUAAACACAAAAAGAAGAUCUCCAGAGAGAGCCGAGCCUGCUGACAGCUGAUUGGUUCAUUGAUCACACAGGGAAACGUGGAUGCAGUGGGAUGGACCAUCUGUCCUUCAGUGCAGCACCCCCCCAUCGUCACGCCCUGACGCCUGCUCUGCGCCCCCUGCUGGUCGCACGGGGAACAGACUGCAGCAGCUCGAGGCUGCAGCUGAAAAACAAACACGCAUCCUCAGCAUCGGAGACAAAAGGAGGCUCGACGGGGCGAGCCCAGCUGCUGGUCAGCUGUUUGCUCUCAGCCAACGCUCUCCAAUAAUCAGAGGAUAUGAAGCUUCAAACAUGACGAUGUACGUGUAAACAGACUGAGCUCACAGAGGCUCUCAGCUCCAGUGGAGAUUAUUUUUAUAGGAACCUUCAUCAUCAGAAGCAAAUGUAGAGAUGUGGAAGGUCACUGAGUGUUUAUUUACUGCUGUUCAUUCAGAUGAAGAGAACAACCUCGUCUUCGCACUUUAAACACAGUUUAAAACUGUAAUCAGUAAUAAGAAGUGAUGUCACAGAGAUGGGAUAUCCUUACAUGGUCAUCAUCUUCAGGCGUGCUCCACGCAGAAGCCCCUCCCACCUUCUGUUUAGUCUUUGAGUUUGUGAAGGGACGUGACUAAAACAGCUUGUUUCAGACCGAGGCUCGGUGUGAGAUAAAUAAGGAUUAUUUUGAACUUUAAGUCAUGCAGAGCUGCUGUGGUGGAGGCCAGAACGGAAAGACGGAGCUGGAAAUGAUCAAAAUGAGGGAAAGAUGGGAAAUAAGCAGCUGCUGUUGUUGUAACGGUGCAGAGCUGGAACAUCUGCCGGCACCUUAAUAUUAUUUAUUUACAUACAUAAAGUAUACAUGAAGAUUUUAUGUAAAGUACUUUCAGGAAAAUCUUGGUAUUGAUUUGGAUGUUUAAAAUAUUUACCAUCACUUUGCUGUCAUUAGAGCUGCAUCCUCGCCCUCCCUCAUCACUAACACGCAGCCGGUCUCCUCCGUCAGAGCUGCUCCGGAAACCCCGCUGGGAUCUGCAUCCAAUCAUCUCUGCUUUCCUAAAUCAAUACUGUGACAUCACGGAGGACUUAGAUUUAGAAACAGGACUGAGAGGAGUUACAGGUUCCAGCAGAUGUCUGGUAGUCUUUGUUUUUGGCACAGCAGGGGGCCAAAGGGCGUACUGGGAGCCAGAUGACCUCAAACACAGACUGGAUACCAGAGGAUUUCCAGUGUCUCUCUGAAGUUCAUGUUUGAGUUCUCUUGAAAAAUCACAGGUGAUCACGCAGGUAGAUAAGAGGGCGUAGCCUUCCUGAUUACAGGCCAGCUUAGAUAUCAAAGAACCAGUUAAUAGGAUAGUAUCCUGGGAGAAUGACAAAGAUUAUCAAAUAUAGCAAAUAAUGUAGAUUUCAAAAUAAAUAGUAAAUAAACCCGGUCCUAGUUGGUGUUUGGAGACAGCCCACACGAGCCUUUGACUGGAGCCGUGACAGAUCCACACACAAACGUACUGAGAGGAGAGGCUCCUGGCACUUCAAAUACACCUGUGAUUUCUUUGAGCCAGAAAUGAUUAAGUCUGCCUCCACAGACUGUACAGGUGCUUCACACGGACACAGGUACCUGCUAAUCUGUUACAUCCAAUUAAAAUCCUGGAAUUUUACUCAAAAAAACUGGAGCUCAGACUUCAUAGGUGGUCUGUUACCACAGUGACCUCACAGCAGCCACAUUAUUGGUUGGAUGAUGUCAUUAAAAAGGCUCCAACAGCACAAAACCAGUCCAGAGGUCCAGUUCAGGUGAAGCCUGACACCCACCUGUGUCACCAUCCACCUGUCAGUCAAAGAGGCCACGCCCCUAUAAUGCAAACUGUGUUACUGCUGUAGUUGGUUCACCUGAGAUCUUUCUCUCACUCCUCGUUAUCUGGGGACUCGUACCUAUUUUUAAAAGUUGGAUUUAGAAGCUAAAAUAAGUAACAGACCUGACAAACGAGCCUUUCGUGCUUCAUAAACUUGCUGAGGUCUGGUUUACGCUGCUUUGCAUAACCAGGAGCUGCUGCAGAAACCAGCUGUGUAACCUGACCCCCCCUCUGUGAUUUAUCAGGCCUGCAGCAAACAGUGACACAACUCGUGCUCAGGACAGGAAAUCAUACUUGAAACUCACUCACGGACCGAGUGAGUCAAAUGCGCAGCUGGGCGGGAACACGAACCUCCUGACGUCUGAAAACCUUUGAGGAGGCGACACACGAGCGCUCGGUGUUUACUACGACUGUUGGCUGUUGUCAGCGUUUCUCUCGGUAUUAAUGUACCAGCAGCUGCGCGUGGUCACGUGGAGGCGUGUGCAGCACUCUGAGCCUGUGUUUAACAGUGACUGGCUCUCGGCGACAGAUCCAGUGGCUGCCUCAUCGAUUAGCGCACUGAUUGACUGACUAAGUGACUGGAGCUUCAGUCUCAGUCAGCUUUCUGCCUGCCAUGACCCGUUAUUACAGCCUGUUUCGGCGUCUGCUGUCCAGAGAGAGUAAAGGAGAGGAGGCCGAUGAAGAGGAGGGCAGCAUUCACAAAGACAGCAGCCAGCAGGAGCCGCAGCUGAAGGGCAUCGUGACGCGCCUCUUCAGCGAGCAGGGCUUCUUCCUGCAGAUGCAGCCCGAAGGAGCCAUCAGCGGCACCAAGGACGAGAACAGCGACUACACUCUGUUUAACCUCAUCCCAGUAGGUUUGAGGGUCGUGGCCAUCCAGGGAGUGAAGGCCGCGCUGUACGUGGCCAUGAACGCCGAGGGAUUCCUCUACACAUCUGAUGUGUUCACACCAGAGUGCAAGUUCAAGGAGUCGGUCUUUGAAAACUACUACGUCAUCUACUCGUCCACCAUGUAUCGGCAGCACGAGUCGGGCCGGGCUUGGUUCCUGGGCCUCAAUAAGGAAGGAAUCAUCAUGAAGGGAAACCGAGUGAAGAAAACCAAACCGUGCUCACACUUUGUCCCCAGACCCAUCGAAGUCUGCAUGUAUAAGGAGCCGUCGCUGCACGAGCUCGAGGAGAAGCUGCUGAAGUCCUCGAGGAGCCCGACGAUGAACAGCGAGGAGCGGGCGAGGAGCCUGGAGAGGGAGCAGCGGGCAGCGGAGUCCUCCACAGAACGAGAGGCGUCGUAGCCUGCAGCGCCACCCGCAGGAGGAAGACGAGGCGAAGGUGGAGGAGGAGAACUCCCAUUUUAACACUCCCUCUGUUCAGCAACAACAACAACUACAACCACACCGACGACAACAACCGCCAUAACAACGACGGCGAAAACAAAGAAAAAAAGAAGCUUAAAAAAAGGGGAGGGGGGGCGGUGGGGUCUUCGUGCUCGUUAUGAAAUAUUUUAAAUCAAAUGGGGGAGGGCGAGGGGGAGGGGCCUGUUUGGAAAUGGAAAAAAAACAAGACGUUGAUGAUGAUGAUUUACAUUUUAUGCAAAGAGCCCUGCUGAAAUGGCGCCGAGAGGCUAGCCCACCUACUCUUCAUCGCCACAUUGUAAUCAUCAUCAUCAUUUCUGUCACAACGACGACAAAAUGUUUUUGCGAGUCGAGCGAGCGCUGAGAACUCCGAAGCUUUAAGCCAUGUAGAAACUUCACUUCCUUUCAUUUCUUAAUGAAUGCAAAGACUUUCGCACUUUUGACACGCCGCGCUUCUUCGUCUUCUUCUGCGUGAUGUUCUGUCCGGUUGGAAGGAAGACCUUUUCUGUUUCGUCUUCUUCAGCUGCCACAUCUUUACGUGCGUUACGUUGUGUUUUCGGGGUGGGAGCCUUUGUGGGUUUUUGUUGCAGACACUGGCGACUGAAGGAAGGAAGACGGCUCUGUGCCGAUCGGACCGCUUCCUGUGACGGAGGUCAGUCGGGCGACCGGGUGACUGUACGCCUGAGAGGAUCAGAACAGCGUGCCGGUUUGUGUGGUCGCUGCAGGUGGUGUCCACGUGAACUCCACAUUCCUGCUUUUUAAAAUCACUCAGCAGUUUGUAGAUCGAGUUCCUGCUUUCGCUUCACGUUGAUGAAAACCGACGAAACUUCUUUAAACGCAUCCAAACGUGAAAAGUUUGUGCGAGGCUCAGAGAAAGGCUUUGACCUUUCAGCCCUGAGUGUUGUCUGCAGGCUUCGUCUCAGGCUGUGUUAACUAACGGCUGUUACAUCCGCAGAGCAGUUUAUAUUUGUCACUAUGCAUCUGAGACAUCAGAUAUGAUACACCCCAGAAGAACUGGGGUGGAGGUGGGUUGCCAAGAGGCUUGUAAAAGCACCUGCAGCUUAUAGGUCAAAUACAAGCCCAGUUUACGGUUGGAACAGACUGUAGUAUAGAUGGUGUACUCCCAAAUAUUUUCCAUGAACAAAUAGUUGACGAUGGGGGGAUUUUGAAUAUCCUAAAACAUAAUCAAUUAAUCAUUUCAGGGGAAACGUAGGGCAGAAGCAACCCUGGAUGCUUCUCUGUAUAAACUAUACAGUCAGUGUGCUGUCAGAUUAUAGCGAGCACACCCACUGUAGUAGUAACCAUGAACUGUGCAAACUGUGCAGCUUAGCAUAGUGCUAAUUCUUUUCCAUUGCACAGAAAGUAAUAAAUGAAGGACGGCAGGAGCCCAAAAUCAAGCAGCAACUUUCAGCGGUGGGCCAGUCCCCAUAGACUGGUAUGUUAAAAUGAACAGCUUUACAGUAGAAAUAUACAGCCUGGUAAAAAACACUGUUAGAGAUAAUUUCCUCCGCCUAAGAAGUCUGAGCUCCAGUUUUGGCGACUGAAAUUCUGGAAUUUUAUUUGUAUUUUACAGCGAGUGACGUCCUGGUAGCUACAGCCAUCCUUUAUAUACAGUCUGCUCUCCAAAACACGGCUGGUGUGAGUUACUGUUAGAGGCCUGCAGCCUGUGAGACACAACCCGGGGCAGGAAAGGUCAAAGAGCCGUGAGCACAGGUGGAGGUGUAACUCUGACUGUGGGGAGUUUCAGACACGAGGUUGGUCUGAAAGCUGCUGGUUUUAAAAAGAGAUCAGCAGGACUGUGAAGUCCACCAGUAAUGUCAUAAAAAACUGAUCGCAGCUCAGUCUCUCUGUGCUGCGUUCAGGCUCUGAUCACAUGACAAGAUUUUGGGUUUUGCGGCGUUACAAGAAAUAUUGCAUGAUGUACUUUCUGUGCGACGCCCCCGCAGACAUGGGGAGGUCUAAAUGAUUUAUUGAGACACUAACAGCCGAGUUGUGUAACUCUGAUCCGGUCUGAACAGGACUGAAGCUGAACGACGAGCCGACCGCGACCUGCCCUGUGCAGGCGUGUUGGAGCUCUGCGUGAUCAGGAUUUAACGGGUUAAAACGCCACAGCAUGCGCUCACUUUGUCUGUUAUUAACACGACUGUAUGUUUGGUUUUGAUGAGGACGGGCACACUGAGCUCUGAUUGGUCCAUUUGUUUAUGUUGACGUGGCACGAUGUGUGCAGCGGUUCAAGAGAAGGAAAUUAGAAUUUUAAAUUUAACUUCAAGGAAAAGAUGAAGUGGUCGGUUAUUGAUUAGUGAAUCAAAAGAUUCCAGAACAGGUUUUUAUGUCGUGGAUGUGAAUGUGUUUGGAUAAAACGCCCGACGCUCCCGCUUUCACUCCCUCCACCGUGAUGCAUUCAGGUGUCGGCCGAUGGGGGGCUUUGGAGCGUUUCUGACACUGCCCUGCUUUGUUUAGACAAAGAGCACUGCCCUGAAAACUGUUUCACUCCAACCUCGUCUGAACUUCACACAGCUGAAAGGAAAAGAUUUCCUGUCAUCUUUCAAAAUAAAAGUCAAGAGUUUAAGGAAGAGCAGACGUGCAGCUCCCUGGGUGGAUGCUCAGGAUUGAAAGCUCCCUUUAUUGUGUCCACCCCGAGUACGUUUCUUCCUUGCACUGCUCUGUGACGGCGAGAUCUUUUCCUUUCCAGAGAGUAAAGUUUAGACGUUCAGCCUGAGUCGCUGCACUGCCCUCUCCAACCUCUAAGACUUUCCUUCUUCUCUCACUCAGACCCUUUACUUCUCUCCGAUGUUACCAGCCGAGUUUCCCAAAAAGAAAACCGGGAAAAAAAUGAAACGAGUCUCCAUCGAACGCGUCCUUCCUCCUGCACACGUUCUAUCACUGCCUUCACCGUUCUCAGCGGGA